AUGAGCGACAUAAGGGUCACAUUUCCCGGUGAUGUCGUCCACGGCCAGGCGGCGACGCUGUUGCAGGGUCGCGGAACAUAUGUUGACGACGGCAAACUAAAAUCGUCGUUUUUAGGAACUUUUAAAAAGGUCGACAAGCUUGCGUAUGUGGAGCCGCUGCAUGGCAAAUACUUCGCUCAAGUCGGUGAUGUCGUUGUCGGAGUGGUGCAGAAGAUCGGUGGAAACUGCUGGUACAUCGACAUUGGUUCUUCGAUGCGCGUACAGCUGUCGAUUCUGCAGGUGAACACCGAGGAGCUUGCAAACCGGAGGAAAUUGGAUGAAGAUGUCUACGAAAUGCGGAAUAUAUUCGACAUCGGUGAUGUCAUAUCGUGCGAGGUGCAGCGUGUUUCGGUAGGUUUCGAUAGUUUGCGUGAUAUCCACUUGCAGCAAAACGGCACGGUCUUGCUGCAGACGCGUACAAGCAAGUACGGCAGGUUAACCAAUGGCAUCCUGGUCAAGGUCAAACCGAACCUGAUGUUGCGCCAGAGCAAGCACAUGCAUGACCUCCCAUUUGGAGGUAGUCUGAUCUUGGGAUGCAAUGGUUUCAUAUGGCUGGCGCCUUCGGAUGAGCGGAAAGACGCCACUGUCAGGGCACAAGUGUACUACGAUAUCUGCACGCUUCGCCGUAUAAUACUGUGUCUUGCUGAUCUGGGCAUUCAAAUCAGCUACACGAUUAUGUGUGACAUUUUCAACUUCUUUAAAAGGCAUUGCCCCAGUGAGAGCACCCUGUCGAAGGAUUAUGCUCCGCAGUUGGUGGAGCUGUAUCUUUCUGAGAAGAAUGGCUAG